GUCCAUAUGUCAGGUGCUUUUGUGGUUUGAGAUGUUCUCCUUCGCCCACCCUCGCUCUCCCCUGUUGACAAGCAGCAUGAGAUCACAAUUACGGCCGAUCACUCUGGUCGGAUUGUGCGUGUGCUCGAUCUUAACCAGAUUCUAGGCAUUGUUCACAACCUCGUGGGUCAUCUCCGCUGUAAGGUUAACUUGGGUACGGGAUUGGAGACCCGGCUUCUGUUUCUGGUUUCGCCUCUUCCUCUCAGAGCACCUGUGGUAGGGGGACGAUCGGAAGAUGGCAAAGAAGAAGGUGGAGAAGUCUGGCGAAGGGGUGAAUCAAGCCACGAAGAAGAAGGGCAAGGAGGUUGAUUCGGUGCGGGUAUUUGCAGAGAGGGUGAGAUAUCAUAAGGAGCUUGACACGCGGUGGGCAAUCCUGCAAGAAGCAAGAGUAGAGUAUUUUAGAGGGAUAGACUUCGUUGCCUUGUUACAGGCUCAUCCUGAGCUUAUUAAACCUUUAGGGAUUGAGGCAGCAAUUGAAGAUGUGGAUUUGGAUAUUGGCAAUAUCCUAAUCAACAGGAAAUUGAUAGUUCGAUGUGAUCGGGUAUCAAAGACGCCAAGACCAGGCAAGACGAAGCUCUCAAAGUGGCCAGCUCGCAUUGAGAUUUGCCAAGAACAAAAGUUUUCUGAAAAAGAUUCAUUCUAUGCAUGGACAUUUGAACGGAGAAGGCCGUUAUGGCAGACGGUGUUGUCGUUUUUGGUUCCCGUGGUGACGCUGGCGUGCUGCCUGUUCCCUAUAUUUCCUCAUUGGUGCAAGCUGGGCGUCCUUUACUUUUGUUUAGCAUUCCUCACCCUUAUAUUUGGCGUACUCAUAUUUCGAGCGGUCAUAUUUGCGGUCCUCUGGCUCGCAUUGGGCAAACGAAUGUGGUUUUUGCCUAAUAUUUUGGCAGAAGAAGCCACAAUGUCUGAGCUAUUUAAAUUUAUGCCCGACUCCAAAGACGAUGACCCUCCUCCAAAGUGGAGUACAAGAAUCGCAUUUGGUACUGUUGCGGGAUUGAUCAUUUGGCUUGUGCUCGUUCAUGGUCCAAAUGAGGCAGCUCGUGCAAGGUAUCAAAAGAAGGCAUCGAAUAUCAUUGAUGAUAUUCUUACUUGGAAGCCCAAUGCACUCUCUGCAUUCACAGGUGAAGCAGAUGUGGUCAAUCAAACAGUAAUAGAUUCACCAGAGGGAGUUAAAGCUAGAGUUGAGGAUAAUAUCAAAGAUGACCUUCGUGAGGUGCCAGACGAGGCGGAAGUUGAGUCUUCGGUAGAAAAAGCUGGAGGUGAUCUCGAAAGUCAAGAGGAUAUCAAAGAAACAGUUGCAAAUGAUGAUUUCCCGUCUCCUGAUGCUAUUCACAGCCAUGAACCAGACAGUGAGCUGAAGUAAAUGUUGAAAUUAGCCUGGAAUGAUCUUACUUCCAUAUCACAUUCCAAUAUCUCCGUUCUCCGUAAUAAUCUCUUGGCUUUUACCAAUCAGAGAGGGCUUUUGACUCGAGUCUUGUGGGACUGAGGUUAUAAUGAAGAUGUACAAUUACAAUCUUAAUUUUACUGUUAAAUUUCUUUCUUUUCUUUA